CAUCUGCUUAUAUAUGCAAACAAAAUACCAAAAAAGGAGGGAUAUUUAAUCACGUCACAUUUUAGCAGUGACGGAUAGAGUUUGGCAAAGACCAAAGAAACCAUUUUCAUAUACAGCAUUAUUUCUGUCAUUCUGUAUACCUACCAAUUCAUCUAACUCAGUUCAGACAAAAGAAGAUAAGAAUUUUCCAAUUAAUUGAUGAAUACAUGGAUUUCUGGCCAGAAUUUCUAGCAAGUAGUUGGGGAAAAGAAUUUGUGGCUGGUGGAUUUGGUGGGAUAGCGGGGAUUGUAUCUGGUUAUCCUCUUGAUACCAUUAGAGUUCGUCAACAGAGCUGUACAUCUGGUUCUGCUUUAAAAAUCCUUCGUCACGUUGCUGCAACUGAAGGUCCAUUGGCUUUGUACAGAGGCAUGGCUGCUCCUCUUGCUUCUGUCACCUUUCAGAAUGCCAUGGUAUUUCAGAUUUAUGCAGUGCUAUCGCGGGCAUUUGAUAGGAAUGUUCCAGCCAGUGAUCCACCCUCCUACAAAGGAGUGGCUUUGGGUGGAUUUGGAACAGGAGCAUUACAAAGCCUAAUGCUCACCCCUGUCGAACUUGUGAAAAUUCGACUCCAGUUGCAACAGAGAAACAUCCUGGAUAAUAAAAGUCAAAUAACUGGCUGUAGGGGUCCAACUGAUGUUGCAAGAGGCAUAUUCAGACAAGAAGGUUGGAGGGGAAUUUACCGCGGAUUAACAAUUACAGUCCUCAGAGAUGCACCAGCUCACGGCCUAUAUUUCUGGACAUACGAGUAUGUGAGAGAGCAGCUUCAUCCAGGUUGUCGAAAGAAUGGUCAAGAGAGCUUUCGAACAAUGCUUAUAGCGGGUGGUCUUGCAGGAGUAGCUAGCUGGAUGUGCUGCUGUCCGCUAGAUGUUAUUAAAACAAGAUUCCAGGCUCAGUCACAGUCUACACCAUCAAGAUACACUGGCAUCGUUGAUUGCUUUAGGAGAAGCGUGAAACAAGAGGGGUACAAUGUGCUCUGGCGAGGUUUGGGAACUGCAGUUGCCAGAGCAUUUGUAGUGAAUGGGGCUAUAUUCACUGCCUAUGAAACUGCCUUGAGGUGCCUUUUCAUCAACGACAACAAUAAUCAUGAGAAUAUUAAAGCUGAAAAUACAUUAUAAUUUAUCCCUUCUGGUACUAAGUUAAGAUGAAUACGGUAAAAAGUGCAUCUUAAUUGAAAAGAUACUGUUAAAGAAGGAGCCAAUGGAUGUGCGAUAAAAGCACGAUGAAAAUUUCUAGCAUGCUUCAGUUUCUAUUUGAGGGCCAGCAGGUCUAAUCCAUUCAAAGUUGAAGCUCUUCAGUUUUACAGUCUGUUACAGGAAAAAUAGGAUUCUUGGCACGUUUGACAGUGUGCCGUUCUAUUCAUUUCAGCAAUUGUAUGGUUUAUACUUCAUGGCCAAAUGGGAAUUGAAACUGAAUUUGGUUCUUUGUGGUUUCUAUACCAUCACAAAGCCUCAGCAUUAAUGAAUAUGCCUCAAGCUGAAAUGUGAUAUCAGUCUUUUCUUAUCAACUUCACUUCCUGUGGACAUGGUUUAACAUCCAAGAUUAUAACAUUUUGUGUCACUUUCUGUGAAA